GCAAGUGCGACGGCCGGCUGUGUGGCCGGAGCUUUGGGUGCGCGACACAUUUUUCGAGAUUCGCCGGCGGGUGCAUCACCACGGCCGUCCCGACGCGCGAACGUCGCAUCGUCGUCCGAUGUGCCGUGCAGAAGACGCGGAGCGCAACGACGAGCAGCGUCAACGCCGUCACGCCGGGCCCGGUCGCGUUUACGUGUGUGUCGUCCGACCGUCCGUCUAAUUGCCAGCCAGCCACCCGGUUCACCCCGUCUUCGGUCACGUACCACGAGUAGCAUCACACGGCGCUAAGGGCGCCAUGAAAGAAAAAAGCAAGAACGCGGCGAGGUCGCGACGCGAGAAGGAGAACGCCGAAUUUUUGGAGUUGGCCAAGCUGCUGCCGCUGCCCGCGGCCAUCACAUCACAACUGGACAAGGCCUCCGUCAUCCGAUUGACCACGUCGUACCUCAAAAUGCGACAGGUGUUCCCCGACGGUUUGGGAGACGCAUGGGGUGCGACUCCCGUCGUCCACACCCAAAGGGACACGCCGAUCAAAGAACUGGGUUCGUACCUCCUCCAAACCUUAGACGGUUUCAUCUUCGUCGUCGCUCCUGACGGCAAAAUCAUGUACAUAUCAGAAACGGCCUCCGUUCAUCUAGGUUUAUCACAAGUAGAGUUGACCGGAAACAGCAUCUACGAAUACAUCCAUCCGGCCGAUCACGACGAAAUGACGGCCGUGCUGUCGCCUCAGCUGCCGCAUCCGGGCGUCAAUCAGCAGGACUACGAGAUCGAGCGGGCGUUCUUCCUGCGAAUGAAGUGCGUCCUGGCGAAACGCAACGCCGGACUGACCAACGGUGGCUACAAGGUCAUACAUUGUUCGGGGUACCUUAAAGUGAAGCAGUUCAACGCCUCCUCAUCCCCAUACGAAAACUGUUAUCAAAACAUGGGGUUGGUCGCGGUUGGUCAUUCCUUACCACCAAGUGCCAUCACGGAGAUCAAGCUGCACACGAACAUGUUCAUGUUCAGGGCUAGCCUGGAUCUCAAAUUAAUCUUCCUAGAUGCUCGGGUGGCCCAGCUGACGGGGUACGAGCCGCAGGACCUCAUCGAGAAGACCCUGUACCACCACAUUCACGGUAGCGACAUUUUCGCCAUGAGACUGGCACACCACCAACUAUUGCACAAGGGGCAAGUGACGACCAAGUACUAUCGAUUUUUGACGAACGGCGGUGGCUGGGUUUGGAUGCAGAGCUACGCCACCAUCGUCCACAACACCAGGUCAUCCCGGCCACACUGUAUAGUGUCAGUAAACUACGUACUAAGUGAUUUAGAGGUGAAAGACUUGAUCCUGAACGUAGCCCAGGGACCACCGAGAGAGGACCUGUCCAGUUCCCCGCAUAGCACCCACUCCCCGGCCCAGACGCCGUCGAGGACCAGCGUACCAUCACAGCCCAAAUACCAAACAUCACGACCGACCACAUUACACACCAGCAUGGUGUCCCCGCACACCGCCUCCAUCCCCGAGGACGAGUUCAGCGAUUCGAACGGCGCCAUCGCCUAUCCGCCGCCGGAUUAUCCGGUUUAUCUGCACAACUUCAACGACGAUCCGUACUACCCGCACCAGGACAUGUACUACCAGUUCGCCGAGCACGAAGGGGCGCAGCACGGCAUGCACGGCGCCGCGCCCAUCGCCCAGCAGCGGCCGUUCAGUGCGUCGUCGAGCAGUUGCAGUUCGAUGGAAAGUGAACAUUUGCAUUUGCAAAGCCUCAGUGCCAACGCCUAUUGUGCCGAAAAUGUUCACGGACAGCACUUCAACAGUGUGACGUUAAGCAGUUUCAACAAUAACCAAGCCCACGGGACGCUACCUCAGAACAUGUACGCGGGACACGACUACAACAAGCUGGGACACCAGACUGGUGCGGGUUACACCAGUGUAAUAGUCGACACGCAACAGUACCAACUGGCUAACGAAUACGUACACUAGCCUUAAAUGUUUCGGUUUUCUGUGUGGUUUUUGUUUAAAACAAUUAGUCUAUAUUGGUACUGAUAUAUUUAUACUUAAAUGGGAGAUAAUCAAUUAUUUGCCAACAAUACAUAUUGUAUAUUACUGUUUGUUUUGGAACACUACUUUUGAAUAUGUAUUUUAUUUAUUCAGUUUCAAGAUUAGAAUCUUGGUUUAUUCUACAAAGUAUUAAAGAUAAUUUUAUCAGAUGCUGAUUAAAUAUAGGCAGCAUUAAAAUUAAUUUUAAAAUGAGUGAUGUAUUUAUUUAUAAUUUUGUACAUAGAAAAAUAUCACAAACCCGAGUGUUGUGCCAUGCCAAAAUUGUAAAAUGCAUGUGUAUAUACCUUAUUUUUAAUGUGAUUAUAUUAUCUUAGUUUUAAGUGAUUGAUUGUACUUCGAAAAACCUAGGUUUUGUUUUCAUUUUGUUAAUAGAUAUGACAAUAAUUUGAGACUGUGAAUAGCAUUGUAAAUAUUACGUGUAAAAUAUUUUAAUUAAUAUAUAUUUAAAUUCGUAUAUUCUACCAAAAAAUAAAGAGUUGCUGUUAUUUUUAAA